UUUGGCCAGCAACUUUUUUUUUUCUCUCCACUCUUUUCACUUCCAGCUUAUUGUUACUAUUAUUGUACUAUUUUUUAUUAUCCACUCAAUCGAAAGACUUGAAACAUUUGAAUGUCAUGAAUUUAUUUUAAAAUUCGAAUGCUGUCUGUUUAAAAAAAAAGAAGGUUGAUUUCAGUCAGGCAUAGCGACGGACUACAAUAUAUCCAGUCCUCUUCAGGAAGCAACAAUUAAAGCUUUUAAAUUGAUUUUAUUUCUUUACUUUUUCCAAUGAGUUCCCCACCCGAGGAAGGCGAACAUUCACCUGAACUGGAGGUCGUCAUUCAGAAGCUGGAGGAGUCCAUGCUUGACGUAGAGGGUCGCUCAGGAGAGACCGCAACCAUCCCAGGACAUGAACCGGGCUCCGGCGCGAUAUCGGCGCCUGUCUCGAGACUCGUCCGCAGAAUCAUCACCCGUAACCUGGCCGGUGAUAGCUGUGAGGCCGCCAAGAUGGAGGACUACCAGAGAGAAUCCAGUUCUCAGACCCAGACUGACGUCAAUGAGCCACCAGACAAACAGUGCAGCUUCACUGAGAAGCUCAAUCAGAUGCUGAUGUUGCCGUCACCGGCCGACUCGGACCAGGAUAGCGUGUCGCCAUGGCAACCGUCGAGCCAGGAGAGCGUGUUCAGGCAGCGCAUGCAUGUCUUCCAGGAGGCCCAACAGAGGCAGGCUCAACUGGUCCAGAGGCUGCAGACCAAGGUCAUCCAGUACAAGAGCAGGUGCGGGGAACUGGAAGGGCAGGUUCUGGAGAAGACCUCCAACUUGGAGAAGAUACGAUUGUUGAUGCUGGCCCAACAGGAUUUGGCCCAGCGUGACGAGCAAAACCUUAACGCGACCAUCUGCAGUAAGGCCGCUCAGCUGGACGAGGAGCAGAGAAGAUGUGCCCGCCUCAGCCAAGUCAACUCGGUGCUGCGGGAACAACUGGAGCAGGCCGGCACCGUCAACCAGGCGCUGGCCGAGACCUGGCGCGAGGCCCGCCAAGAUGCGGUGCAGAGCGAGGCGCGCCUGUGCAAGGAACAAGAGACGGCUCCUUCCCGCCCGAGUCGCCAGCAGGCACGCGUCAGAGCCUUGUGGCGCCAGGCCGCUUCCCUGAGGAGCACCUUCACCCAGCUGAGGGGCUUUGCUGACAGGACGCUCGCUGACAUGCGAGGCGAGUGCGCCGCCGCCAGCCAGCAGCUUCACGCCGUCUGUCAGAACCUUCAGUCCAGAGGGACGCAGGAGAGCGCCUCCAGUGGUACGGAGGCACGGACCCUGGAGAGGCAGCUAAAGACCAAGCUCCGAGAGGCCAUGCAGCUUCAGGGCCGCUGGGAUGCAGAGAAAGUGGUGCUCAACUCCAGGGUCGUUGAGCUGGUGGACGCAGUGGAGCACCUUCGCAGCCUAAACAGCGAGAAAGACGCCGCCCUUACUGGCCUGCAGAGCAGCUUGGACACCAUGGAGACGAGGAGAACUGAGGACAGAGCAGCGACGGAAGCUCUCCGCGCAGAGAACCGAGCCCUCCAGAACAUGAUCUGCAAUGUCCAUAAGCUGGUGGCGGGUGAAGUUGAAUGCGGUGCGUCUGAGGGUCGUUCUCCACUGCCAAACACCCCCUUGAUGGCGGUGCAGUCUGCCCUAUCCAAGCACCAGAAACAAACACAGUACCUUCGUGGUCGGCUGGACGUGGCGUCGGAGGAAGUGGACGCACUGCGCAGUCAGCUGCAGCAUAGCGACUCUGCGAGGAGGGAGCUGGAGACGAGGAUCCAGGAGGUGAUGGAGGAAAGUCAGGAAUGUCUCAGAGAGCGUGACAGCUCUCGCUCUUCGCUGGAGGUCAUCUCAAGUGAGAAGUGCGGCGUGGAGCAGCGUUUGGUGGGAGCGCAGCAGGAAGCGGACUCGCUGCGCGGCGAGCUGGAGGCCCUGCGCAGCAUGUCCUCGGACCUCCUUCGGCAGCGUGACCUCCUUCGGCAGCAGAGAGAAGACGCCGAGCUGCAGCUGACACGGCAGCGCACGGAGGCCCAGCGAGGCGAGAGGAGCCUGGAGGAGCUGGAAGGGAAGCACUCUGAUCUACGGAGGGAGCUGGUGACAGUGAAGGAGGCGCUGAGUGGGGUCACCCUGGAAAAGGAGGUGCUGCUGGAGGACAAGGCCAGCCUCGCUUUGGCUCUCAGCAAGAUGGAGUGUCACAGCGCCGCGCAGGAGUCGGGCGUCACCAAACUGCAGAAUCAGGAAGCGGAUCUGAAAGAUUCUCUGGCCAAGAUGUCCGCCCUGAGCGAAGGCUUGGCCAAAGACAAGGUGGAGCUGAGCCGUCUUCUGCUGCAGGCUGAGGCUGAGAAGGCUCGGCUCAGUGACGGACGGCGGCAGGCAGAAGCGGACCGGGCAUCAUCCCGGGAUGAGGCGUCCCGGCUGCAACGGGAGAAGAUGAACCUGCUUUCGGAGAAGAAAACCCUGGAGAGAUCGCACCGUCACCUGCAGGCCCUGCGCCACAAGCUGGAGGAGGACCUGGACCUCCUGCAGAAGGAGAAGGCCCGAAUCCUGGAGCAGCACUCUCAGGUGAUCAGGCAGAUGCAGAGCUUGUCAGAGGAGCUGCACCAUUGCGGGAAGCAGCUGGAGGUGCACCAUGCAGCCCUCAAGAAGGCCGGCGCCGACAAGGAGGAGCUGGCCAAGGACAAGGCCGGCCUGGAGGUCCGACUCAGUGCGGCCGAGCGAAAGACCUGCGGCCUGGUGCAGGAGCUGCAAGUACUCAGAGCUGAGAAGCAGUCCCUGGAGACCAGUCUGUUCCAGAGCCAUGAGCUGUCCUCGUCCCUGGAGGCCGAGUGCGGCCGCCUGGAGGCGGAGCGGCGCAGCGUGUUGUCGGCUAACGAGGCCUUGACGCGUGAUGUUGCACAGGUGCAUCUGGACGCAGAGCACCAGCUCGCUCAGGCUGCACAGGAGCGCAGCAUUUUGGAGGAGAAGUGUGUCCAGGUGGAGAGCAACGCCCUCCAGAGCCUAAAGAGCAGGGAUGAACAGCACAGAGAGCAGCUGGAGGCUCAACGCAGGCUCAAGGAGCAGCAGUGUGCCGCGCUGACCGAGCAGCUGCGCGCUGGCUUGGAGGCGUCGGACGCGCGCAGCCGGAAGGAGGUUCAGCAGGCCCAGGAGGAGGCGCAGCAGGCCCAGGGGGAACUGCUCCGAGUGCAGCAGCAAUGCAAGCAAAUCCUCCUGCAGGCAGAGAGCGAGAAACAGGAGGCUUUGUCCCAGAAGGCUGCCAUGGUGCAGAAGAUGUCGGCCCUGCAGCAGAAUCUGGACUCGGCGACCACGGAGCUGCAGCGCACACGCAGUGAGGCGCUAGCUGCGCAGGAGCAGAACAAGAAGGAAGUAUCCGCCCUGCGGUGCGAGACGGACAAGCUGCGAGCCGAGUUCCAGGCGUCGGUGAACUCGCACGAGGUGGCCGAGCAGGGUCGAUACCAGCAGGUCCGGGAGCUGGGCCAACAGAACCAAGUCGCCCAGCAAGAGCUGGAGGGCCUGCGCGUGCAGCUGCAGGACGCCCGGGACGGACUCGGCCGAGGCCAGGAGGAGCUGCUGGAGGUUCGGCACACCCUGCGGGAGUGUGCUCAAUGGCGGGAGAAGGAGCGGAAGGAGGCGCUGAACCUGCGGCGGCUCCUGGACGACGAGACCAGGGAGAAGGAGGCCAUCCAGGCCUCCAACCAGGAGCUGAGAGCGUCCGUCAAGCGGGUGGAGAGUGACAACAGCAGUCUAAGGCGAGCGGUGGAGGAGAAGAAGCAGAAAGCCUCCAUCUUGGAGGAACACAAACGCUCCAUGCACAAAGAGGUGUCCACUCUGAGGAGCAGCAUGAGGGAGCUGGAGAAGUCCCGGCUGCAGGCCCGCAGAGACCUGCAGGACCUGCGCGGACAGGUGAAAGCCCUGGAAGGGGAGAAGAGCCGUCAGAAGCAGGAGCUGCAGAACAUGCAGGCUCAGCUUUGUCAGAAGGAGGAGGAGGAGCGUCGCCAGUCCUGCAGUCUGAAGCAGACCGUGUUGGAGUGCCAGGCCGCCAGGGACGCGGCGCACAGUCAGGUUUCAGGUCUGCAGAGACGUGUGACGGAGCUGGAGGAGCGGGAGCGUCACAGCCGGGAGCUCCUGCAGGCCACGGAAGCUCAGCAGCAGGUCCGCGACCAGAAGCACCAAGAGGUCACCGUGAGGCUGCAGAGAGCGCUGGAGGACGCCGCCGUGCAGAGCGGACAGCUCAGCGCUCGGCUCGGGCACGCCCAGGCUGCCGUCCAGACCCUGGAGCACCAGCUGGGAGAGUGUGAGCGCCAGCGUAGAGACCUGGACCACAAACUGUCCACUCUGCGCUCCGCACUACGCCGUACUGUGGGCAUGGACGCAGGGGCACGGUCUCCCAGGAGGAAACAUCUCCCGGGUUGGUCUCUUUAAGUCCUCCUGCUGGUUUACACUCUGCUGUCAGGAGGUUCACAUGCUCUCUGCUCAGGACACCGUCUGACUCCGGCUGAGGAGCAAGAACUGGACUUGGACUCCGUCCAGGCCGGCCUCCUGGAGCUGCAGCGAGAAGUGAGGGACGCGCAGAGAGAGAAGGUUGAAUCCAAGGCUCAGCUGGUCAUUUUGAACCAGCAGCUGUCAGAGCUCCAGGACAAGUCCGCCAAGGAGGUGACCAAGCUGCAGAAGUCCUUGAAGCAUCUGAAGGAAGCGAACCGAGAGACGACGGAGCGAUUGCGCGAAUCCCACACUUCGUUUUCCUCGUCCGAGCGAGACAAGCUGAGCCUGGAGGAGGAGCUGCUUCGGCUCAGGUCGGCUCUGCAAGCUUCCCGGGCUGAGUCCGGGUCCCUCAGGGACCAGCUGGACGUGCUGACAGGAUCCCAGUCUCAGGCGCACUCGGAACAUCAGAGGCUGAAGGAGGUCCUGGAGGAGGUCCGCGGCAGAGCCGAGCUCAGCAGCCGUUGCCUGGAGGGCGAGCUGCGGCAGGACCGGCUCCUGGUGGCCCAGCUGGAGGCGGAGGCGACCCUGCUGCGGGAGAGGCUGGCGGAGGCCGGGGGGAAGCUGAGCGAAAGCGAGGAGCGGCUGAGCGAAAGCGGGGAGCGGCUGAGCGCGGCGCUGGCCCGGGCGGAGCGACGCGAGGGCCUGCUGAGCGAGCAGGUGCACAAACUGUCCGCCACGCUCGGCGAGCAUCGGGGCAGCGAGGCCAAGCUGCAGGAGCAGAUAGGACAGUUGCAAAGAGCACUGACGACCAGCGAGCACGACCGACGCCUCCUGCAGGACCGUCUGGAUAAAACCCGAGACGCCCUUUCGGAGAGCAAGAAGCUGAACCACUCGCUAACAGAGCGGGCCCAGACUCUUCAACGAGCCCACGAGGACUCUGAGCUGCGGAAUUCUGCCCUGGAGAAACACCAGCAGACACUACAUCAGAGUCUGAAGCGGCGGCAAGAAGAGGCAGAGGCCGCGGCGCGGGAGAGCGCCGAUCAGCUGGAGAGCAAAGUGGAACAUCUCCAAGGUUCUCUGCACAAGAUGCAGCAGGAGAAGGCCAACGUGGAGAAAGUGCUGGUGCGGCUGGGAAAGGACAAAAGUGCCCUCAGGAAGACGCUGGAGAAGGCGCAGGCGGACGGUCUGAGGACGGAGCGGGCGGGCCAGGUGCAGGCCGGGAUGGAGCGCCAGCUGGCGGAGAGGCAGGACCAGGUGACGGCGCUGCAGGCCCACAUCAGCCAGCUGGAGCACACUCACACACAGCGCCUCCUAGAGGUCACUGUCCGCCACCACCAGGAGCUGGACGCCGAGACGGCGUGUCUUCGCGGCGCUCAGCUGCAGGCCGAGCAGGCGCUGCAGAGCAGGGAGCGGGCCCACCGCCAGCGGGUGAAAUGUCUGGAGGAUCAGGUGUCCACCCUCAAGGAGCAGCUGGACCAGGAGGCUCCGCGGCGGCGACGGGCUCACGUCAAACAGAUGCUGCGGCCCAGCGUGCACUCAAGUAUGUAGCGCCGUCAACCUGGCAGCCUCCCUGCGGGGAACACCACCAAAACAACACGUUUGGUUUAUGAGCGGACUGCACGUGCAAAAUUGUUUUUUAGGAUUUCUUCUGACGCACAAACUGGGGAGCAGACUUUAUCCCUCCAAAUGUCGGGGAUUUCCAUGAGCAUACCAAAAAACAUUAUUACAUGAAUGCUACACCAAAUUAGUUACGUGAGCUAAACUGAGGAAGGACAAAGCCACUUUUCUUCCCAUCCGAUAUUGAUAUCAAAUAUCGGCCUGUUAUCGGUAACUUAUCAAGCAAGCCUUGAUAUACAAGCAGUCGUGCAGCGCGUUUACUUGUGCAAACUUCUAAAUGUCCGCCAAUAAGCACACCAUUGCUUAAUCGGGUCAAAGGUCAACUCAAUGUUUAUCAAUCAAUCAAUGUUUACUUAUAUAGCCCUAAAUCACAAGUGUCUCAAAGGGCUGCACAAGCCACAACAGAGCCCACAUCAGGGCAAGGAAAAACUCACAACCCAGUGGGAUGUCAAUAUGAAGGACAAUGAGAAACCUUGGAGAGGACCGCCGAUGUGGGGAGACCGGAUGCAAUGGAUGUCGAGUGGGUCUAGCAUAAUAUUGUGAGAGUCCAGUCCAUAGUGGAUCUAACAUAAUAGUGAGAGUCCAGUCCAUAG